UGUGAAGGACAUGGCCAAAGCCAGAAAUUUCCACAGGGUUUUUCGUCCCCUCAACGGAGCGUGAAAGCAGCGCCUGUAAUGUGCUGAAGGUUCUCGGGAUAGUCAGGCCUGCCGACGGAAAGAGUCUGUGAAGAGCUGUUUAUUCAUACAUUCGGAUGCAAAAUGUCAGCUGCUAGGUCGGUCCUGUCACUCUCCAAGAUACUGCAGCCGUGGACCGGACUAAAGGGCAGCACGGUCAGUGUGAUGAGACCCGUCAUGUGCACUAGGAGAGAGAAGUCCUCGUACACUCCUCCUCCUGCUAAGUACGGAGGCCGGCACACAGUGACCCUGAUUCCUGGAGAUGGGAUCGGACCCGAACUUCUGAAUCAUGCCCAAGAGCUCUUCAGGUUUUGCUGCGUCCCUGUGGAUUUUGAGGUGGUGAACGUGGAUUCAUCGUUAACAUCUGAGGAUGAGAUUAAUAAUGCUGUCACAGCUAUCAGACGUAAUGGAGUUGCACUGAAGGGAAACAUUGAGACCAAUCACAACCUUCCUCCCUCCCAUAAAUCCAGGAACAACUUGCUACGCACGUCUCUGGACCUGUAUGCUAAUGUAAUGCACUGUCAGACUUUGCCUGGAGUCCAGACCCGCCACAAAGACAUAGACAUCAUCAUCAUCAGAGAGAAUACUGAAGGAGAGUACAGCAGCUUGGAGCAUGAGAAUGUCCCAGGAGUGGUGGAGAGUCUGAAGAUCAUCACUCGGGUGAACUCAUUGCGGAUUGCUGAGUAUGCCUUCAGACAAGCCAGAGAGAAAGGUCGCCGCAGGGUCACAGCCGUACAUAAGGCCAACAUCAUGAAGCUGGGUGAUGGUCUCUUCCUCCAGUGCUGUAAGGAGGUGGCAGCGGGAUAUCCUGAUAUCACUUUUGACAACAUGAUCGUGGACAACACCACCAUGCAGCUGGUCUCAAAGCCCCAGCAGUUUGACGUGAUGGUGAUGCCGAACCUAUAUGGUAACGUGGUGAGCAACGUGUGUGCCGGACUCGUUGGUGGUCCUGGCCUGGUGCCAGGGGCCAACUACGGCAAGGACUACGCUGUCUUUGAGACGGCCACGAGGAACACUGGGAAAAGCAUUGCUAACAAGAACAUUGCAAACCCCACUGCUACCCUGCUGGCAAGCUGCCUGAUGCUGGAUCAUUUAGGGCUUCAUGACUAUGCCAGCAUGAUUCGAAAAGCCAUCCUCAGAACGCUUUCAGAGACUCGGUUGCACACAGCUGACCUCGGGGGUCAGGGCACAACUUCGGAGGUGGUGCAGUCCAUCAUGAAGGAGGUUCAGAAAGGUGGACCCCUCACUUCUGAAAAGAUCUGAACACACACUCCACCUCAAGCCCAGGUAGAAGUCUUCAAUCAAUAGAUUUUUUUAAUUGAUUUGUUUUUAUGUGCAUGUGUAAAUGAGUGUGUAAACACAGCCUUACAACUGUAAACUGUAAAUGUAUAAGAUCAUAUUUUUAUUUUAAUUGAUUUCAUAUGGUACAUAUACACUGGGAUUACACUUCAAAAUGUAAUACUGUAAUAGUGACCACAGAUUAGCACUUGGUUUUAAAUUGGUUUUAAAAUACCUUGCACGUGUGCAGAGAUCAAGCUCAGAUACAACGUUGCUGCUGGUAAAGAUGAGCAAAAGAUCAGCUAAAAAUAUGGGAGAAAUCAGAUGUUUUAGAAAGCCGUCUGUGGUCAGGAGUCUAAACGCAUUGAGUUGUCCAGUGAUGUUGCAUUUGCAGCAGUUCAGGAAGACUUAGGUUGGCAGGGAGACCUAUCUGUCAGGUGGGAAUUCCCGUGACUACGAAAACUGGGUAUAAAUGCAAAUAAUUUUUUAUAAAAACAGAACAACAAACAUUUUUGCUCAUGUUUACAGAAGUCCAGUAAUUCUGCACCACUGUAGCAGUUGAUAAAUAUCACUCAGCCGUUUUAAGACCACUUGCAAUGGACAAGUUACAAACCCAGUUGGAAGAGUUUCAAUCACAGAAGGUGUACACAGCUCUCAGUUCAGACUCUCUCAGGCAUGGAAUACGACAACCGACCUCCUCCAGCAUUCUUGCACCUUUACCAGGAUAAAGAACAGAUCCAUGGACAUUUUUAUCUGUACUCUAUAUUCAAAUGUUACUGUAGAUUAAAUGUAAAGCUGUUACAUACUAGGCUAAAGACACCAAACACAUUGUUAAGUGUUGUCCAAUUUUGUUGUGAAGUUACUGAUCAUUGUUUAUUUUGAUUGCAACCUGCUGAUCAUCCGAGCCAUAAUAACUGAAGAAAUGUUAGGAAAUGUGAUUAUUUUAUUUAUUAUAAGCAUGCAGGGAUAUCAUUGGUACUGUUGUAUAUUCAGCUGAUACCGUCUGUCCGUGCUUCCUAAAAACUACUUGAGUCUACAAACCGAUCAGGGGUUUACCAGUUUGUGAGUGUAAUGCUAGACAGGUGUUCAGCCGCAGUGUGUUGGCUAAAUACUGCAUUAGUGAUGUAUCCAUGGGGUGGUUUUGUGAUAGUUUUAUUGAAUAAAUAGUGCUUUAAGGCACUAAUGAACACUGCGGUUCUUAUACAUACACUGUAUGGACGAAAGUAUGUGGACACCCAAUCAUCUCGCCUAUAUGAGGCUGUUGGAUAUCCCACUCCAAAACCAUAGGCAUUAAUAUGGAUUGCCCCCUUUGUGGCUAUAACAUAAUGUGGCAAAAUAGUUGCAACACUUUAAUAUGUACAUAACCCUUCAAAAACACUUCUCACAUCAGCCUGGUUUCACUGUCACUGAUUAACCAAAUCUUUGCCUCCAGUUCAGCUUCUCUUGACGUUCAAGGCCGUGAAUGGCCUAACACCCCCUUAUAUAGCUGACCUAAUUCUCCCCUAUACUCCUGCUCGUACUCUGAGGUGCUCUGAUGUGGGCCUCUUGGUGGUCCCUGCCUUCACUUUUGGGGGCAGAUCUUUUUUUUAUGGCUCUUAAACUAUUGAACUGUCUUCCAUUAUCUGUUUGCCACUGCUCCACCCUGUCGUCCCUCAAAGUCCAGAACUUUCUUUUUCUUUCCUCAAUACUUUUAAUCAUUCUUCUUCUCUGACUUAUUUUUUCUGACUGCAAAAAUGUAAAGUCCUUAUUUUAAAGAGGCCUUGGGUUUGUGAGAAGCGCAUUAGAAAUGAAAAUGGAAUUAUUAUUAUUAUUAACAGAUUCCGCUUUUCUGAAAAGCCUUUCCACAAAUUUUUUGAAUUUGUGCUCAGUUAACACAGCAUUUGUGAGGUCAGUCACUGAUGUUGGACAAGACAUUCUGGCCUGCAAUCAACAUUCCUGUUCAUCCCAAAGGUGUUCACUAGGGUCGAGGCCAGUGAGUCUGUGUGGUCUGUCACUUCAUGGCUGAGCUGUUCUUGCUCCUAGAUGCUUCUAUUUUCUCAAUAGCACUUACAGUUGUCCAGGGCAGAUCUAGCAGAGCAGAAAUUUCACAAACUGACUUGUGACAAAAUGUAUAAAAUGUAAAUUAUCAUUAGGAAUAUAACAGCCAAACAAUCCCAAAAAGAAAAGAAUAGCAUCUAACGAACUGAUUAUGAUAAGAUACGAUAAGAUAAUCCUUUAUUAGUCCCACAGCGGGGAAAUUCACUGUGCUGUGCUGAUGCUGGAUAUAGUACCUCGGUACAUAUUUGUUUUUUAAAAUACAAAUAAUUUUGUACUUCUACUCAUGUUGUUUUUUUGUAAACUAGUUAAACUUGAGCCUUUGUUUCCCUGAAGUAGCAAUAUUUCUACUUGAUUAUGGUUGGGUUUAAACCACUCUAACCACCUCUGCCAAUUAUAGAAGUUGUAGUAUUGUUUUUCAGCUACAACCCAUUUGAGCCAGGAGAAUGUGUCAUGACUAACGUAGUGAAUGAAUGCAAUAAAGCAGGUUCUUCUUUUGUUGACUGUACUCGGAUAUCAAACAGACUGUGUCUAAACUUCACCGAAGGGUGUGGUGCUUUUUUGGUUUUAUGAAGUCUUACAGAAAGCAAACUAAGAUAAUGUUGUGUGUAUCAACUCCACCUCCAGUUCAAAUGUUGUGUUCAAGUCAUGAAGUUCCUAGAAAUUCUCUGGCAGGACAGUUUAAUGUAGUAACACAACAGAGAGUAGCAAAUUCCAGCAGAUUCACUGUAACGCACCAGGUUUCAUUCAAUUCAGAGCUAGUCAGAGUGCUCUUCAGGCAGAUUCUGUUGCAGUGCUUUAUGUAGGCCAACAUACUAUAUUGUCUGUAUUGACAAUAUAAUAUAAUUGACAAAACCACCCUAUGAGUUUUUCAUUGUUUAUCAUGAUUGUUUCACUGUUCUACUGUGAGUCUACACGAUGGAAUUGUAAGCAAUAAAUAGAGCCAAUUUUUCUUUUUUUUCCAAGGAAUGAAGUUGUUUUAGCUCAAGCAUGGUUGAAAGUAGGCCAGUUUUUCACCAGUUUACUUUAUUACCAAUAGAUGGUGCUGAAGUCCCAUCAUUCAGCUAAAGCAGGCCUCUGUAAGAUUACACGUUGACUGAAAACAAUAAAACAAAUCCAAACAAA